CUGCGCAGUGGCGAUCUUGUGUGGCGGUAUUCCCGCCAAUUCUUGGGUUACUCGUUUGGGUCCAGAUCAGUUGACUAUGGAGUCGUUUGAUCCUGCCGAGCUGCCGGAGCUACUCAAACUUUAUUACCGGAGGCUCUUUCCCUACGCCCAAUACUAUCGCUGGCUCAACUAUGGCGGAGUGGUAAAGAAUUACUUUCAACACCGUGAAUUUUCAUUCACACUGAAAGAUGAUAUUUACAUCCGUUACCAGUCCUUCAGUAACCAGAAUGAACUGGAGAAGGAGAUGCAGAAAAUGAAUCCGUACAAGAUUGAUAUAGGCGCUGUAUAUUCCCACAGACCUAAUCAACACAAUACAGUGAAGCUGGGAGCCUUCCAGGCUCAGGAAAAAGAACUGGUGUUUGACAUUGACAUGACAGACUAUGAUGAUGUGAGAAGAUGCUGUAGUUCUGCAGACAUAUGUUCUAAGUGUUGGACCCUCAUGACUAUGGCCAUACGCAUCAUCGACCGAGCCUUGAAGGAGGACUUUGGAUUUAAGCAUCGUCUUUGGGUAUACUCUGGAAGGAGAGGUGUUCAUUGUUGGGUGUGUGAUGAAUCCGUUAGGAAAUUUUCCUCUGCAGUACGUUCUGGGAUAGUUGAGUAUUUGAGUGUGGUAAAGGGAGGACAAGAUGUUAAAAAGAAAGUUCAUCUAAGUGAAAAAGUUCACCCUUUUGUCAGAAAAUCUAUAAACAUAAUUAAAAAAUACUUUGAAGAAUAUGCCUUGGUUGAUCAAAAUAUUCUUGAAAACAAAGAAAGCUGGGAUAAAGUUCUAGCCCUUGUUCCUGAGACAAUUCAUGAUGAACUUCAAAGAGAGUUCCAGAGGUCUCACAGUUCAAUUCAGCGCUGGGAUCAGUUAAAGAAAAUAGUCAGUACAUCUCAGAGUAGCAAAUGUGGAUCCUUGCUGGAGUGGGAGAUUAUGCUGCAAUAUUGUUUUCCACGGCUGGAUAUCAAUGUUAGCAAAGGAAUCAAUCAUUUACUGAAGAGUCCUUUUAGUGUUCAUCCUAAAACAGGUCGCAUUUCUGUGCCUAUUGAUUUACAGAAAGUAGAUCAGUUUGAUCCAUUUACUGUUCCAACUAUAAGCUCUAUCUGCCAUGAGUUGGAUGUCAUUUUCACUAAUGAAAAGGAAAAGGGGGAAGGUGAAGCUGAGUCUGAUACCAAACAUAGAAUCAGAAAUUAUAAGAAGACCAGUCUAGCACCUUAUGUCAAAAUAUUCGAACAAUUUCUUGAAAACCUGGAUAAAUCUCGGAAAGGAGAACUUCUCAAGAAGAGUGACUUACAAAGAGAUUUCUGAAAACAACUCCCCUCAGACAAAUGUGGAUAUCUUCUACCUUCAACCAAGGAUCAGAUAUUUCGAGAGCUAUUUAAUGUGGCAGAGCUGUCUAUGGUUCUAAAGACUCAAAAUAGAAUUCUCCUUUCUUGAGAAAUAA